ACAUUCUGUAGAUAUCUGUUUAUUACAGUUCCUCAGAUAAAUAUAGGGCAGCUGCUAGACUAGAGCUAAAUAUUUCCUUUCAGCUACAUGAUAAAAGAACAAUUUUUGUGUGAUGGACAGGAGUCAAUGUUCUUUCAUUAUUUUAUUUUUGGUUUUAAUACAAUACCCACUUCGUUUAUGCUUAUCUUAUGAAAUUAGGUUCUACCCAGUUAAAAAAACAGCAGACUUACCAGGUGGUAAACAAGCACAAGUAACCAGAUAUGUGACUAAACAGCCCAGAACACUUAACGGUCUAAUCCUACCUGGGAUUCCAGGGGCUGCCUCAAAACCCAAAGGUACUACAAAGAUGGAUGACACACCUGAGCCUACAAAGAACAACCAUGGUUUCCUAGCACAUUCUAUAGCCUUAAAAUCGGACACCUGGAAUGCAGCAAUGAUACCACAGAGACCUGCAUUUGUUUGGGUUAUUUUAAUUGCAUGUGUAGCCUUCAGCAUUGCCCUGAUAUGUGGGAUUGCAAUCUCCUAUGUGAUAUAUCGACUGGCACAGGCUGAGGAAAGACAACAACUUGCUAUGCUUUAUAAAAAUGUCAAGAUACCAUUAUUAGAAGAUGAAGAGGAGGGUUCUGAGGAUGAAAGCCAUGAUGAGUCUACUUAUUUGCUUCCAGAGAAUGAAAAGGAACUGGAAACAUUCAUUCAUUCAGUUAUUAGACAGAAAAGAAGGGAAAAUAUUGAAAAGAAGAGAUUGAAGGAAGAAAAAAAGUCAGGAAAGGAAAAUAAAACAAAGAUUGGUAUGCACAAUGCAAAAAUGGAGAAUUUGUAAAGCAAAUGGGAGAUGCAAGAUGUACGAGCCAGUGUGGAACAAAGAUUGCAGCGAUGACAGAUGGCAAGAACAUGAUUUGCUGCUAGAGAAGCUUGUAGAUAAGCCCUUCAAAGAAACACAGAAAGUAUAUA